ACACGCUGACUUGUAGUGACUUUCGUGGCAUAGAGCAAAGUGAUGCGAGUUAUCUACGUUUCGGUGAAGUAGUCAUUAUCGCUGUGUCUAUCGUAAUUAUUCGGGCACCACUCAUUAAUAAAGAUUAAUGUGACGGGAAAUCGAGACGUUUCUAUGCAUAAAAAUCUCUUCCAUUUGCUGGUGAGACGUUGCAUCGUCGAAUUCUGUGCUACACGAUAGGUAACAUGAAAUUGUGGAUUGUAAUAGCACACAUCACAUUGGUCGCUACUAAUCUAUGGGUUACAGCCCAUUUCCAGGAAGAAGUGCCUGAGGAUAAUGAAUUUGCAGAAUUUGAAGAUUUUGAGGAGGAAAAGCCAAAUGUCCUCAUUGAACGUGUACCAGAAUUGCCUCAAGAGGAGGAAUUAAAUCAAGAUUUCGAGGAGGACGAUGUCUUGGUUACAGAUGGUGACAGUGAAUUUGAUCACUUCCAAGAUGAGGAAGAAUUUGAAGGAUUGGACGUUGCAGGGGGCAACACUGGUCCAAAAAACGAUGAGCCUUCCACAUUGACCAUUACAAAAGUCCCAUUCCAUCUGCGAGAGAGAUGGGACAGUUAUUAUUUAGAGAUACUAAUGAUCACUGGACUGGUGGUAUACUUUAUAAAUUAUAUAGUAGGACGUACCAAAAAUGCUCAUAUAGUCGAGCAAUGGCUGUCAGAUCAUAAACAGCUCUUGUUAGAUAAUUUUUCUCUCAUUGGACAUUCAACAAAUAAAUCAAAUGAGAACUCGAAUGACAAUGGUUUCAUGAGACAGAGUGAAUCGCAUUACAGUUUGUACUGUUCUGGACGUGUCGGCUGUAAUUCGAUGCUUAUCGAAUUGAAAUUAAUAAAGAGACAAGACUUGGUUGCUGUAUUAGCUCAACUAGUACGUCCGCAGAACGAUCAAGUUCAUAUAGAAGUGGAGCUUGCAAAGGACGAAAUAGACAAUUUCGUUUUAGCAGUUGCCACAAAACGCCUGGCGAUGCACUUAGUGCGUGACAUGGCUGAUAUUAGUGUAUAUUGUCCAGAGAAACGACCUGGAGAAAAGUUCGGUCUUCCAUCAGGCUUUUACGUAAUGUCUGAAAUUCCAGAAGCAACGGCGGCUAUCUUAGAUACCAGGAUUCAGCAGGCUUUCACAAAGUUUGCACCUUACAUAGAGUACAUUCACAUUAGUGAUCAAUUUAGUGGACGUAAACCACAAGAAGAUACUACUCAGUUAACAAUGCCUGAGGUUAAAAGAGUAUUGCUGAUGAGUCUGAAUAUAAGCCUUAAGGGUCGCACGUGUAAUCCAGAGACUCAAGAAAAACUUAAACCUUUACUUCAACUCGCUUUCUAUUUAAUCGAUAAGCUGCGACGUUAUAAAUUAUCAAAAGAGGGUAAAAAUAAAGCGGACAAAAAUCGACUUAAAGUGGAGGAAGCUUUCCUAAAAACAACGCACGCCGCAAGGGCCGAAGCUGCGGCGCAAAGACGAGAGGAGCGUCGGAGAGCCGAGCAAGAAAGAAUUCUCCAGGAAGAGGACCCUGAUAAACAACGGAAAUGGGAAGAAAAAGAGCAACGAAGAUUGGCCAAAAAACGCGCCCCUAGAAUGAAGCAACUCAAGGUGAAAGCUUUGUGAUACAAUCAGAAUUAAUAGAAUGGGUUGUGCAUUUUUAAGAACAAACCUAUUAUACUCGAAAAGGAAAAUUCAUAAAUAAUUACAUUUUGAUGGAAACGUACUUCGUCCAAAUUAUCUACGAAAUACGCUAACUUAUGUCUUUAUUGAGAUUCAUAUAUCCACUCAACGUUUUCUCUCAUGCAAAAUAUCGAACUUAAAUUAUUAAAGAAAGUACAAACGACUGUGAAAAAAAAGUAUCCUGCGAAUUGUAA